GACCGCCAGAUGCAGUUCAUCGUGGGCCCCGACGGGCUGCCGCUGCCGGAGGGCAUUGCUCCGCCGCCCCCCACGCUCACCACGGUGACGACCACGACGGGUACGAGCGCGACCUCGACGGCCUUCCACGUCCCAGGGGUCGCUCUGGCGUGGGGCCGGACGUCGACCGCACGCUCACCGCCAAGCCGGGCGAGCUCGAGCAGUGCCAGAUCACGUGGGGCAACGUGACCGGCAUCCACGACGACGCCUUCGGCGGUGGCACUUUGGUGCUCUCCCGGCUCAGCAUGGACGGGGGCGGGGGGGCGUGCGCUCCCUGCAAGCGGGGCGUCAUCUCGGCCAACCCCGGCAACAACCACCAGGAGUUGGAGGUCAUCGCGGCCCACCUGGGCGCCCCCCACCCCUGGAGCUUCGGCGGCGUGGCCAACUCCCCGCUCGUGGUGGGCUGCGGCGCGGGAGCCAAGCACGUGUGCGCCAGGGACAUCCUGGACUGGUACCUCUCCGCGCUGCGGGUGCUGAUCCGGCCCGAGGACGUGUAUUUCUUCGACGACGAGGCGCGGAACCUCGUCGGCUUCGAGAGCUUCGGGAUGAACGCGCGGCAGGUCUCCUGCGGCACGCGCGACGGGCCCCUCGGUCUCUGCGGCGCCCACCCGGACGAGGUCAUGUUGGCAAAGGGGGUAGCGCCCUGCCGGUAG